GGCAAAGCGGCAGCGGGGGACACCUGGAGGAGCAUUUCUUCCCCGGGUUUAUGAAUGGCACUGACAUGGAGGAAAUACCGUUUCAGAAAGUCAAGACCAAGAGGAAGAAGUGCUGCCACUGCUGCUGCUCCCCGCCGGCUGCCGCGGCGUCGGGAGCGGGAGCCGGUUUGGGGGACCCCCCUCCCUUGCUGCUGCUGGAUGCCAUCGCCUGCGAGGACGAGUUUGACUGCAAGGAGCUGGAGGCUCUCUUCCAGAGCUACAACCUGAAGCUGGAGCAGACGUCCACCCUCAAGGCGCUGGCCGUCCUCAUCGUGCUCACCGCCAGCCUAGCCCUGGUGGAGCUGCUCUCCGGCCCCAGCCUGACCAUCUCCAAAGGUUCGCACCCGGUGCACUGCAUCAUCUUCCUCUCCCUUUUCAUCGUCACCAAUGUCAAGUACCUGCAGGUCACCCAGCUGCAGCAGAUCGUCAAGCUCACCUUGCUCUUCAGUUUCACCUUCUCCUUCCUCUGCUGCCCCUUCUCUCUCGGCGCUUACGGCAUGGAGCCGCCCAGCGCUCCCGAGCAGGGCAUGUGGCAGCUCAUGCUGGUAACCUUCGUCUCCUACUCGCUGCUUCCCGUCCGGACGCUGCUGGCCAUCGUCUUCGGGCUGGUGGUGUCCGUCUCCCACCUCAUCGUCACCGCCACCUCCGUCAGUGCCAAGCGGCAGCGGCUCUGGAGGACGCUUGUGGCCAAUGCAAUCCUUUUUGUCAGUGUAAAUUUGUAUGGGGUCUUUGUGAGGAUUUUGACAGAAAGGGCUCAGAGGAAGGCAUUCCUUCAGGCCAGGAACUGCAUUGAGGACAGGCUGAGACUGGAGGAUGAAAAUGAAAAACAGGAACGUCUCUUGAUGAGCCUUUUGCCAAGGAAUGUUGCAAUGGAAAUGAAGGAAGACUUCCUGAAGCCUCCUGAAAGGAUUUUCCACAAGAUUUACAUUCAAAGGCAUGACAAUGUUAGUAUUUUGUUUGCAGACAUUGUGGGGUUCACUAGUUUGGCAUCACAGUGUACUGCCCAAGAGUUGGUGAAGCUGCUGAAUGAGCUUUUUGGAAAAUUUGAUGAAUUAGCUACAGAAAAUCACUGCAGAAGAAUAAAAAUCCUGGGGGACUGUUACUACUGCGUAUCAGGAUUGACCCAGCCCAAAACAGAUCAUGCCCAUUGCUGUGUUGAAAUGGGACUGGAUAUGAUUGACACCAUCACAUCUGUUGCAGAAGCCACAGAGGUUGAUCUCAACAUGAGAGUUGGAUUGCAUACAGGCAGGGUGCUUUGUGGGGUCCUGGGUCUCCGAAAAUGGCAAUAUGAUGUCUGGUCAAAUGAUGUGACAUUAGCUAACGUAAUGGAAGCUGGAGGACUGCCUGGGAAAGUUCACAUUACAAAGACCACCUUAGAGUGCCUAAAUGGGGACUAUGAGGUAGAACCAGGAUAUGGUCAUGAAAGGAAUAGUUUCUUGAAGAAGCAUAAUAUUGAAACUUAUUUUAUUGUGCCAUCCCAUCGUAGGAAGAUAUUUCCUGGACUGAUUCUCUCAGACAUUAAGCCUGCCAAAAGAAUGAAGUUCAAGACAGUCUGCUAUCUGCUUGUGCAGCUCAUGCACUGUCGCAAGAUGUUCAAAGCGGAGAUCCCUUUCUCCAACGUCAUGACGUGUGAGGAUGAUGACAAGAGGAGAGCAUUAAGGACAGCCUCUGAAAAACUCAGGAAUCGCUCCUCUUUUUCUAACAAUAUUGUAUACAACACUCCGGGAACUCGAGUGAACAGAUACAUCAGCCGCUUGAUAGAGGCCCGGCAAACUGAGUCUGAGAUGGCUGACUUGAACUUCAUUACCCUGAAGUAUAAGCAAAUUGAGCGUGAAAAUAAAUACCACCAGCUUCAGGAUGAGUACUUCACCAGUGCUGUAGUUCUCUCACUAAUUCUAGCUGCCUUAUUUGGCCUUGUCUACCUUCUAAUAAUACCACAGAGUACCGUAGUUCUCGUUCUCCUGGUGUUCUGCAUAUGCUUCCUAGUGGCUUGUAUUAUGUAUCUACAUGUCACACGAGUACAAUGUUUUCCAGGGUGCCUGACAAUACAAAUUCGUACCAUUUUGUGUAUUUUUAUUGUGAUCUUAAUAUACUCUGUGGCUCAAGGCUGUGUGGUUGGCUGCAUGCCUUGGGUUUGGAAUACCAAUUCCAGCAGCUCAAUAGUUAUAAUUUCUCCUGGUGGAACGAAUAAAACAAUGAAUGAACUUCCAUGUGAGACGGCCCACUAUGCUUUCCUUUCCUGUGUAGUGGGGACUCUCACCUUGGCAAUAUUUCUACGUGUAUCUUCCUUGCCAAAAAUGAUUCUCCUGCUUUUUGUUACAAUUUUGUACAUAGUUAUUCUGGAACUCAGUGGUUACAGAAAAGCAGUGGGGGGCGGCUCCUUUUAUAUGCGUGGCUAUGAACCAAUACUAGCUAUUUUGCUAUUCUCUUGUGCUCUAGCACUGCAUUCAAGGCAGGUGGAUUUGAAACUGCGUCUGGACUACCUCUGGGCAGUGCAGGCAGAAGAAGAGAGAGAUGAUAUGGAGAGAGUCAAGCUGGAUAAUAAAAGAAUUCUUUUCAACCUGUUGCCAGCCCAUGUUGCACAGCACUUUCUUAUGUCUAAUCCAAGAAAUAUGGACCUUUAUUACCAGUCAUAUUCACAAGUGGGAGUGAUGUUUGCUUCCAUCCCAAAUUUCAAUGAUUUCUACAUCGAACUGGAUGGCAAUAAUAUGGGAGUGGAAUGUUUACGCCUGUUAAAUGAAAUUAUUGCUGAUUUUGAUGAGCUUAUGGACAAAGAAUAUUAUAAGGAUAUUGAAAAGAUCAAGACAAUUGGAAGUACAUAUAUGGCAGCUGUGGGACUCGUACCUACUUCAGGAACUAAGGCUAAAAAAUCAAUUUAUUCCCAUCUGAGUACACUGGCAGAUUUUGCAAUAGAGAUGUUUGACGUUCUUGAUGAAAUCAACUAUCAGUCUUACAAUGACUUUGUCCUACGUGUUGGUAUUAAUGUUGGGCCAGUAGUGGCAGGAGUCAUUGGAGCCAGAAGACCACAGUAUGAUAUCUGGGGGAACACUGUGAAUGUUGCCAGCCGGAUGGAUAGUACUGGAGUGCAGGGAAAGAUUCAGGUGACGGAAGAAGUUCAGCGGAUAUUAAAAAGAUGCAGUUAUGAAUUCGUGUGCAGGGGUAAAGUCAGUGUAAAGGGAAAAGGUGAAAUGUUGACCUAUUUCCUGGAAGGAAAGGCUGAUGGAAAUAAUUCCCAAACACGGUCUUUAAACUUAGAGCGGAAAAUGUACCCUUACGGGAGAGCAAACAUUCAAACAAAACUGGGCACCAGCUGUCCAUCGGUGUCCUCAGCUGCUAGCUUUACUGUAAAACCUGGUCUUGGAGCAGGUCAAGCAUCUGCCACUCACACAAACCAAACACUGCAUUAUCUUCCUUCUGUGCCAGCUGUGAAGGAGGCAUAGAACAAAGGAGAUUUGGUUGUGCCACUUGCAGUGAACUCGGAGAGCAAUGGUUGCCUGAAUUUUUACUAAGAAGUCAGAGGUCAUAGGCCAUGUCAUUAACCAAGGACCACUACAACCCAACCAAAGAGAACUUGGGGACUGUGUAAUGAACUCUUGGGAUGGAACAUAUAAGGGCUAGAAAUUCUGUUAUGAAAAGUCAAAACGGGAUUUUCUGGAAAUGAGGAAUAUUUUCUUGGCAUUUUUAAACAGUAAAUGAAAAAAAUUAGAUAAAUGUGCAAGCAAUUAUUUAUGUGUGUGUGUGUGUAUAUAUAUGUUUUUAUCUAUAUAUACACACAUACAAACAGUUCUGUGUAGACUUAAUAGAGAUUUAUAGAGAUUAAUAUAAAAAUGUGUAUUUAUUUACACAUCCACCUGCAGUGACACAGCAAAGAGAUUUCUCUUUCUGUCAUAGCCAGAAUUGUUGGGCCUGGGAUUAGCAAAGCUGCAUUUAACCAUGGAAUGUGGGAUGCCUGGAGUUUCUCCAGGGCUACAGCAAGGCUUUGAGAAAUUGUGCUCCCAGUGCAUGAAUUUAUGCAAUGAGAACAGCGUUUACUGUGUCAUCAAUGGCAGAUUAAUGAAGACUGGAUUCAGCUAAUUACAGAACCCUACAUAUUUUUUUAAGUUCUCCUUGCAUGCUCCAAGAACUUCCAAAAACUUUCAGUCAAACCAUUACACCAGGAUAUAAAGUAGAUAAACCAUAGAGCUUAAAGUUUAGGCAAAAGAACAAUAUAUAUUCUUUCCAUUAUAAAAAAAAAUACAAGAGUGGUAGAGCAUAGAAUUUGCUGCCUCUUUGUAGGUCAUUUGACUCUCUGCAAGAUAGAGGAGCCACCCUGCAAGCACAGCAAUAUGCUUAUGCAAUAUAGAAACAUUCCUGUAUGUACAGUGCUGAUUUUACUGAGGAGGAGAAGGAUGGUAUUAUUUCAGGCUUUUAGAAAUAGCACAAGUCCUGUGGCUCAAGUCCAGGAUUUACCAUUCUAAACAGCUCAAAGAAUAGUCCUGUACUGGUGACAAACAUGCUGUUGCUAGUUUUGUGACAUUUGUAUGUUUGCCAACACAGUUUUAUAUAUUAAUUUAUUUUUAAAUUUAUGCCACAGUUUUAUUAUACCUUGAUUCUAUCCAGACUCACUCUUCAAAGCGGUACAAUUAUAGAAAGCUAUAAUUCUGAGAAACAAGCACAGUCAAACUUUGCCAAAUGAGGAGCACUGGUAAAUAUGCCAGGAGAGAAAGGCCUGCUCUUAAUCUGCAUAAAAAGGAAUAUAUGGUGGCUGCUUUUUUCCUCUACUGCUGCCCAUAUCAUAAUGUUUAUGUUUUCACACUGAAAUGAUGAUCUGGAUCUGAAAUGUGGAGUGCAACUCCAUAGUCAAAGGGGGAGCAGUUGAAGGUCAUCCUGCUGAGAGACAUGUACUCCAUGGACGUGUGCCAUACUGUCCUGACAGGGAGUCACAGGCUAACUAACCUUGGUUGCUCUCAAAAGAGAAGUAAAACUUUACGUUGGCCAAAAAAAUGCAAAACUUCCUUUGAACAAGCAAAACAGUCCAACCCCCCCAAAAAAAUAAAAAAUCAAAAACCACCAACAACAAAAGAUAAAAAAAAAACCACAAAAAAUAUUAACAACCCACAAUACUAAAAAUCCCACUCUAGAAUGCAGAAGUUGUAUGGAUCAUACAACAGAAAAUUUUCAUGUAUGAGGUGUCACACUUGCCUUUGGUGGGCCUAUGUUGUUACAGAUUCCAGUGAAAAUAAGGUUCUGAGAGAGUCCCCUCUUAUCAGCUUUUUUGGAUUUUUUUUUUUUUUAUUACUUUGGAGCAGAAUUUUUUUGUGUUAAAAGUAUAUGACAGCACUAUGUCAGUAGAUGCAAAUGGUUAAAGAAAUAUUGCAGGAAUUUCUGUCCUCCACAUCAGGAUACUGUGGGACUCCAGUGUUUUUCAGCAGAGUUUUAAUUUUCAUGUAUCCUGUCUGCGAGGUGCUUCAUUAAAAAGCUGGCAAAGUUAGUUAGUAUUAUGAUUAAAGUGACUAUAAAAACCUGAGAACUGCUUCCUAAUUGUACUGUAUAAGUAAUAUGAACCCUGACUGAGCUGAACAAAGUCACUCUAUUUCUUUAUCUCCCUAAGAGCUACCCAGUUCACAGAUAUUCCUCUAGAAUAAUUUAUUUCUGGGUUUGAGACAUUCAGAUCUUUUAAAAAAUAUACAUGUAGAGAAUACAGAUUUAAAAUAACAAAUAUUUACAUAACUAAACUGAAUAAGUGAUAUUCUUGCAAAGCACACUGCAUAGUUAUGUUCUCUAACAGAUUUAUAAGAACUAAAUCAUCACACGGGUAAGUUAAAUAUUUAACCAAACUGAAAAGCAUUAUGUGCAAUAGCAUUAAUCACUCAAUUCCACUCUCAAAGAGCCCAUGCUACACAAUAUUUUAAUUCAGUGAAUUUGGUAUCAUUUCACUGAUAAUAAAAAAAAUAAAAGCAUCUUCAGAUCCUAGCCAUAGAUCUGGGAGUAUGUGAACACAUCUACCAAACACACCUGCUGGCCCACCCAAAAGCUUUCAGUGAAAUUACUUAUUUGUUACUUUUUUUAUUAGGCUCAAGAUAUAGGCAUCUUGCCAUGGUUUCUUUGAUCUUUGACUGGGUGGACAGUGAGCAGAAAUGAAUUGUCCCCCUGCUGAUAUUUUUGUGACUGCUUUCCUUCCCAGACCCAUUCCCAGCCUGGUAAUGUCAGUGGAAGAUCAUGUAGCAAGGCAAAUUUAGAUUAUUCAUGUCAACAUUUUAAAUUAUUAGCAGGUGAUAAUUACUUAGAAUUGGUCCAAAGAUUUUCAAAGCUGAUCCUCUUUUCCAACAGCCAGAUUAGGCAUGUGACUUUUGUAAGAAUGUUUUCCAUGUUGAACGGAAAGGACCAGACAGGCACAGUCCAUCAUCAGUUUCUCCUUCUGCGCUUUUGUAGGAGGUCUCUGCCUUCCCAGAGCAGGUUGAGUGGACCAGGAUGGCUUCUUGGUACUGCAGGCAAGCUGGUGUGCAUGUCCUAGCUUACAGAAUCAAUGAUGCUAUAUUUGGACCUAGUUUCCAGACUUUAAGUCAUAGAUUUAUAGAAAGCUUUGGGUUGGAAUGGAACUUAAAGAUCAUCUAGUUCCAACCCUGUUGCCAUAGGCAGGGACACCUUCCAAUAGACCAGGUUAAUAUCACUCUCAUUACAUUCAUUACCAUUAACACCAUUAUCUUAUCAUUAAUAUCUUUUGUAUUUUUAUUAUGGUUGCUGUUGCUGGUUAAACCAUGGGGAAAAACUAUAUAUUACCUUGUAGUCCUGGACUGAGCAGUUUAAAUUAUGAGGAAAGUUCAGCUAAGGCACAAAUGAGUCAAAUACAAUGUAAAAAUGAUAGGCAGGAUUCAGCAGCCAUUUCAACAAUGAAAGCUAAGUGCCCACUGAAAUCAUAAUAAAAUGAAGCCGUGCUCUUAUCUUUAUGCUUUCCCUCCCUCUUCAUAUAGUUUUUCCCCAUUUUCCUGUUCUGUCUACAUUUGUUUAAUUUCAGCUCUUGUGUGACAGUUUUAAAUAACAUAUUUAAUCUCUUAGCUCUUCUGCAUUCUUUGACAUGUUUAAUAAGUUUAAUACAUGGAAAGAGGGGAAAUAUACAUGGAAGUGAUACUUCUGAAAACAUCAUAAAUGCACAUUUUCUGACAAAUUAGAGAAGAUUGUAAGAAAAAAUUUUUAUUGGCAAUUGUCCUAAGAUGGUAUGUGGCCCACUCCAAUAUUCCUGAAAAUCAUCAGAAGGAUUUCCCUGGAUUUCUGUGGGAUUAGUGUUGUGUCCAUCUUAUUGCAUGCAGUUGUGUUUCCUGUCUUGCAUAUAUUAAUUUUCUGGUCUUGCCUGGGUAACCUUGCUGUAGCCCCACAGCAACCAAAAGUCCCUAGUAUUCAUCUGAGGAUAGUAACUUGUUGAUCUGUGGGCAGAAUAGCUUCCUGUACUUCUGUUCACUGUUUUGUGCAGCUGUUAGCUUGAAACAAUUAACAGAUACAAGUGCUACAACAAAGCGAUGCCAUUUUGGCAUGUCAAUGUCUGUCAAUAGCAAGCACAAUAUUUCACAUCUGUUUGCAUGUUUUCUCUUUCAGAUAAUAGGAAUAAUUUAAGUCUUUCAUUCUCUAUAUAAGCAUAUAAGUGUCAGAGAUCUUUAGUCUUGAGAGCUAAUUUCUAAGUGUUCCUAUACUACCUUUAUCUUCAAAUGAUUUUUAAAUUAUUUUUCUCUGCUGAGAUUGUAAACUGACAUUCCAUUGGAUUACUGGCUAGAUAUUUCCAAACAUAUUCCAUUUACAUUGACUAGAAAUCUAUUUUACCCAGCCUGUAAAAUGCAUAGUUUUUUGUAGCUGCUUUGCACUGUGGCUAGUGACACUCCCUUAUCUUCACCAAACAAACAGAAAUUUUCCCUUGCUUUCCCUAGGUGAGACUGAGAGCCAGAAGCUUCAGCUUUUUAGGGCUGAGUCUGCAUCCCCUAAUGUAUCCACAAGGCCUGCAGCAAUCACCAGUUUAGUAUGCUUGUAAAGGUCAGGAGCUGAGCUUCUGUAGGCCAAGUUCUGCUUUGGGUUAUAGCAAUGUCUCAUGUCAAUACUGAACUGAAUAUUUUACAACAUUGUAACCAAGAGUAGGUCAUGCACCUACUCUUUCACACUGUCGCCUGUAAUUUAUCUGUCAGGCAAAAUAAAGUAGUUGGGUGUCACUGUUUGAAGGGAAACAGUACGACCUGUGCCAUUUCAGUGCUUUGAAGAGUCUGAACACAUUAGUAAGUAGCAUGAAUCAUUUUCCUGUGUUGGAUUCCUGCUUGUAGCAGAAAAAUGCAUUUUCUUUACAUUAGCAAGUCCAGAUUCUGUAUGUGUUCUGCCCAGGCAGGAGGACUAUUUAGCCAUAAUAUUCUUUCAAGUUAGAGUUUUGUAUUACAGUGAAAACCAACAUUUUUUUAAUUUGUGAUAAACCUGUAUUAUAAUGCCUUAUUUUUAAUCUUGUACAGUGUUACAAAACAACAGAAAACAUUGGCCUUUCAUGUAUUAUUCACUUUAAAAGAUGUAUUGUACUAUGAAAUUUUGUAAAUAGUUUUAGCUUGGACAGGUAAUUGCAUGUACACUUGUAUAAAAAGAGGCACACUUUUAACAAAAAUUAAUGAUUUUUGUAAGAGGCAUUUUACAUGUGCAUGGAGAUUAUAUAUCCUUUUAAAAUGGAUGUCUUUUUGGUUUUUCUUGCAAUCUACUGCAUGCCAUUCAUGCCUGACUUCAGUAAAACAAAACAGUAAGUUUUCCUAAAUGUUUUUGACAUAUCACUUCUGGCACAGUUAAAUCACUAGUUGCAUGUGCAUUCAGCAAAUCAAAAUAAAAACAGCAAAUAAAGAAGAAAAAUAACUUCAUGAUUGUGA